AUGCCGAACAUAAGGGAACAAAUAGAAACCAAUUUAAAACUAUUAAAAUUUGUAGCCGAUUCGCAGUUGACAAUAACGCAAAUUAAUGGUCAAAGGAAGCUUGGUCCUCCUCUGGAAUGGACAGGACCACCACCUAGCCCUAAAUGCGAAAUUUUCGUCGGCAGGAUACCAAGAAAUUAUUACGAGCCCGAAAUCGUCGGUGUAUUCAGUUCCGUAGGAAAGAUUUACGAAUUACGCUUGAUGAUGGAAUUUUCUGGCAUAAAUAGGGGUUAUUGUUUCAUUAUGUACACCACUGAACAGGAGGCAGCUCGAGCUGUCAGAGAGCUGGAUCAGUAUGAGAUUUGUCCCGGUAACAAGAUCGGCGUUGUAGCGAGUCUUAAUAAUUGUCGGCUCUACAUUAAUCAUCUACCACGAAACAUCGACUCUGAAUCGAUCAUAAAGGUUUGUUAUUAA